AUGGGUGGACAUAUAAUUGGUGGAAGGGGAGAUAUGGAUGGAACUAUGAUGGGUGGAAGAGGAGAGAUGGAUGGACAUAUAAUGGGUGGAAGGGGAGAUAUGGAUGGACAAAUGAUGGGGGAAGGGGGAGAGAUGGAUGGAAAUAUGAUGGGGGGAAGGGGAGAGAUGGAUGGACAUCUAAUGGGUGGAAGGGGAGAGAUGGAUGGGCAUAUGAUGGGUGGAAGGGGAGAGAUGGAUCGAUAUAUAAUGGGUGAAAGGGGAGAGAUGGAUGGAACUAUGAUGGGUGGAGGGGGAGAGAUGGAUGAUGGACAAAUGAUGGGUGGAGGGGGAGAGAUGGAUGGAAAUAUAAUGGGUGGAAGGGGAGAGAUGGAUGGACAAAUGAUGGGUGGAGGGGGAGAGAUGGAUGAACACAUGAUGGGUGGAAGGGGAGAGAUGGAUGGACAUAUGGGUGAGAGAGGGAUAGAUGGAUGGACAUAUAAUGGGUGGAAGGGGAGAUAUGGAUGGACAAAUGAUGGGUGA